AUGAGUCUCUCUGCGAAGGACAAGGCAACAGUGAAGGCCUUCUGGGCCAAGAUCUCUUCCAAUGGCGAGGCCAUCGGCGCAGAUGCUCUGUCCAGGAUGCUGGUGGUUUACCCACAGACCAAGACCUACUUCUCCCACUGGAAGGACAUGAGUCCCGGCUCUGCUCCAGUGAAGAAGCAUGGAGCCACGGUGAUGGCUGGAGUAGCUGACGCUGUGGCCAAAAUCGACAAUCUGACCUCAGGUCUCCUGAGCCUGAGCGAGCUGCAUGCCUUCACUCUGAGAGUGGACCCUGCCAACUUUAAGAUUCUUGCCCACAACAUCCUUGUGGUUUUGGCCAGCAGCUUCCCCAAAGACUUCACCCCUGAGGUCCACGUGGCCAUGGAUAAGUUCCUGGCCGCCGUGGCUCUGGCUCUGUCCGAGAAGUACAGAUGA